AUGCCGGCCUUUCCGCAGCGGUACACGUCGACCAUCUCGCACUGGCAGGCAACGAACCGCGGACGCGGCUCGCUGUGGAACCACGGGCGGCACGACCCGCUCCCGACCGAAGUGCUCGACUAUGUGAUCAUCGGCGCGGGGGUGACUGGCGCGUCGCUCGCCUACCAGAUUACGCGCGCCGGCGGGGCCGCAGACGGCAAGAGCGUGGUCGUGCUCGACGCCAAGGACGUCGCGAGCUGUGCUUCGGGACGUAACGGCGGACACAUCGCCCCGCGCUCCUGGGAGCUGUUCGGCCCGCUCACCACCCCGCUGGAGGAGGGUGGCGCCGGCCUGAGCGAGGAGGACGCGCUCGACAUCCUCUACUUCGAGGCCGAGCAUCUCGAGGUCACGGCCGAGAUCAUCCGCAAGGAGAAGCUCGACGUCGACCUGUGGACAGGGCAGCGGCUCGAGGUCUUCACGACGGACGAGGGCGUGCGGCGUAACCGCGAGCUCAUGGCGCAGUUCUUCUCCGCCAAGGCCAAGAGCGCAAAGCACCGGCACAAGAAGGUCGACUGGGAGCUCGUGGCCGACACGGCGGAAGCACAGCGCCUCACGCGCCUCCCAGCCGCGAAGGAGCUCAUCCGCGGCCCCGCUGGAUCAUGGCACCCGCACCGCGGCACCACGGGCCUGCUGCGCCUCGCGCUCGAGUCGAAGAGCAGCUACUGCCGCUUCUUCUCCUGGGCGCCUGUUGCGCGCCUCGAGCAGGUGGAUGGCGGCUGGGCGCUGCACUGCGGCGAGCGGGGCGUCAUCCGCGCACGCGAGGUCGUGCUCGCUACUAACGCGUACACGCGCCACCUGUUCCCCGAGGACAUGGCGAGGGGGGAGGGGAUCCCGGCCCACAUCAUCCCGUACCGCCACCAAGCAUGCCACAUCACCCCGCCAGACAGCUACGCCGGCGCUGCCGCGCUCAACAACAGCUACUCGGUCGAGCGGGGGCCGUACCUCAUCCAAACGCCCGCGGGCGGCAUGAUCCUCGGGCCGUUCAGCGCGACCGUCAUCGACGUGUUCGGGUCCAAGAGGGACAUGUACCCGAUCGAAGACGACAGCGGGACGACGGGCAAGUUCCGGAACUGGAUGGCGGGGUACUGCCCACAGAACUUUGCCGGCUGGGGCCAGGAGAAGGACGGCGAGGGCGUCGACCGCGUGUGGAGCGGGAUUCUGUGCCACUCUGUCGACCUUGUGCCCCUUGUCGGGAGGGUGCUGGACAAGCCUGGUCUGUGGGCGAGCAUCUCGUACAACGGCCACGGCAUGGCGAAGAUCGUCAACAUCACCCGCUGCCUCGCGGAGAACAUGCGCACGGGGGUAUGGGACGAACGCCUGCCGCGCUGCUUUGAGAUCACGCACGCAAGGCUUGAGCGCGCGAAGAAGUGCAAGCCGUUCCUCGAGGAGGUGAAGGACGGCGAGAAGGCCAAACUGUAG